AUGUCUCAUUCUACAGAUCAGAAGCCAAACCCCGUUGGAGCGAGUACACGAGCCCCAAAACCCACUGCUUUCACAUGGGACAAGAAUCAAAUCGACACAGGCUGCAUAUCACCUGUGAGAUCAUCCGAAGCCCUACCAACACCAAAUCAUGAUUUGACCAAAUACAUGAGGCACCCCUCAUCGCCCGAAAGCUCGUCAUAUCUGCCGCCCCGUAUACAUUCCCCCGCGUCUCAGAUAUUCGAACGAGAUGUGCAGGAAGAUAUAGUACCAGCACAGGCGUCACCUUCGAUACCUGCGCAUAUUCGAACCGAUAACUAUAUUCCGCCUGUCCUAGAAGCAUCCUCGGCCGCGAUCACAGAUGACCGCCUCGAUCCAGAUUCAGUCGAGAUAAUCACACAUAGCCUACAUCAGUCAGCGGGUGGUGCAUCGGGGGAGCAAUCAAUGGCAUCAUCAGGCAUUGAUCAUCUCUUGGGCCAGGCUGAUGCAGAUGAACUCUCAUCCGGUUAUGGAGCACUGGACACGACAGAUAUACGUCGGCUGAGCUUCAUUUCCUUUGCUGACGUUGUCAACGCCGAGCAUGCAGAAACAAAUGAAGCUCAUCCUGGUAUAAUGUCUCGGGGGCGUCUGGGAGAUCUCAACCAAUCCCCGUCUCCAUUGCGCUCCCCAUCUUCUUCGCAUGGACUCGGCACAUCGCCACCAACAAGCAUUGCGACCUCUUCUAGAGGGCUUGAUAUGUCUCCCACUCGGUUUCCCACUGCUAGUACCGCUCAAAGUCCAGUCUCUUCCAGUUUUGGGGGAGACCUCAAUGUAGAGACCAUGCGACAGGCUUUAAGGAAAACUGCCAAUGAGGACCUGGGCGUUACAAGCCAGGCUGUGAGUACCAUAGGGGAUGACCUGCUAGACCGUACGUUUUAG